ACACCACCAUUCAAAAGCAUUAAUUCUACGGUGCUCAGCCUUCUUUAUGGCCCAACUCUCACAUCCAUACGUGACUAUUGGCAAAACUAUAGCUUUGACUAGACCCUGCCACUAGACAGGUCUAAUUGCAUGGAGAAGUCACAUACUCUGUGUCUCAACAUCUUCAUCUGCAGAAGGGGGAUAAGAACACUGGCGAGUGAGCUUGUAGGUAAUAGAGGCCUUGGUUUCACAUAAUGUGCUCUUUGUCUCUGAAGUACAUGCCUACCUCUGGUGACCUUUUCAGUGACUCAGAACCCAUGCAGGGAACCUCCUCCCAGCACAGGAGGAAGGAGAAAAAGAGGACAUGUAUGUGAAAGUUCUGGCCCAGGGCAGGGCUUGCCCUGGCCAUCUUUGAAGUUCUCUCCAAAGCCGAGUUCAGGCAGUAGGGGGCUCAGGAGUGGGUGAGAGGAGAAGCAACUUGGCUACUACCUCUGGAGUCCCUCCAGCUCCCCUCACUGUCUGGAAGACCCAGGCCACCUGACCCCAGCCCGGUGCUGGGAUUAGUCAAUCGGGGAUGGAGGGGAAGACGUGACAAAGAGACUACAUUUUACUCUAACAAACCAGUGUCGAACACCUGCUGGGUCCUGGCACUGUGCCAGGUCCUGGGUGUAUCUCAGCCAGGCUCCCAAGGGUGCCCAGCCACGGCCAGGAUUCCUGGGCCCCUGAGACUCCACACACACUCGCCGUGCACCUGAGUGGAGCUAUCAUGCCUUGAAUCUCCCGGAGCCACCCUCCGCUUCCUGUGCGGCCUGGGAGGAGCAGAGCACAUCUGCAGGCAGCCCUGGCCCUGUUCGCUUUGCUGCAGGCCCCUGCGUGAAGCCCAGCCACACUCCCCAUACACUCUGCAGGGCCCUGAGCCAGGCCUGAAUACUUUAUCCGAGUAGCCAUUCAUCCAAGGCUUCCCUGGUGGCUCAGACAGUAAAGAAUCUGCCUGCAACGCGGGAGACUCAUGUUCGAUCCCUGGAUCAGGAAGAUCCCCUGGAGAAGGGAAUGUUAACCCACUCCAGUAUUCUUGCCUGGAGAAUUCCAUGGACAGAGGAGCCUGGUGGGCUACGGUCGGUCCAUGGGGUUGCAAAGAGUUGGACACGACUGAGUGACUGUCACUCACUCAGUCUUUCAUCCAGUGAGCGUUAUUUCUAACGUGGUCCCACUUUCAAGGAGAUUAUAAGACAGUCAGGGACCAGUGGGCAGGCCAAAGGACAGGCUGAGCUUUGAGAGCCACACUCCUGGUUUUCCCUGCAUAGAAGGGAGCCACUGAGGGUGGUUGAGCUGGGAGUGGUGGACGGGCCUCAGGAUGGGCUGAGGGGAGACUUGUGCAAGAGACUGGUUCCUUCACAGCAGGGCCUUGCAUCAUUGGCAGACUCCCCAAGAGACUUCUUUUCCCCAAGGGGGCCUUUCAUAGGUGACAGAGGUGCUAAUUUAGUGGGAAUUAAGAAACUGGGAAAGUCCACCUGCUGCUGACUGGCCUACUGGGCCCUUGGAUGCUUGAGAGUCUGGGGUGUUAUCUUCUUCUUUCAAGCCAGCAGCGGAAAGAAACUAGUGAGAUUUGGGUUAUACUGAAAAAUGACACCUCCCCACCUCAUCAUGUUCUUCCACACCUACCCGGUCUGCCUGAAGGUUUCUGUCAGGGCAGAGGGGCUCCAGGGAACUCUGGCCAUCAGGGGGUAUCACUGCUCCCAGCCAUCUCCUCAGAGAGACAGUAGCCACUGGUGGCCAGUGACACUCAUCCCUUUAUGAAGAGGCUCCUUUUCCAAGUAGACUUUGUCCUGUGUGGGAUGGCCAUUCUCCUAUCUUUGUCUUCCACACUGUAGCCCUCUUCAGGCCAGAGUCUCGGGGCCUCAAUCCCUUGUUGGGAGAGUGGAAACUGUCUCAUAGGGGUAGGGUGGCCAAGAGUUCAGUUUCUGGACUUGCUGGGUUUGUAGUGUCUAUUAGACAUGUAAGUGGGAAUGACCCAGAAAAACUGCAAAGGAGCCCAUCAACCUGCCUGGAAGUGCCCCUCCCAAUAGACAAUUUCUCAUGUUGAAUGCCUCUACUGAUGGGGAGCUCAUCACUUUUAGAGAACCCACAUGUUAUCAGACAGCUAACAUUAAGCCCCAAAUCUUUCAUGGCAAAUUCAACUUAUUUGAGGAUGGUGGGAAGGGGGACAGGUGGGGAGGGGCUGCACAGAGCUGCCACCCAGAGAUGGCUCAGGUAUUCAGAAAUAUUUGAUCCCCAGAAGUCUCUCCCUCCGAGUAAACACUCCCCAUUCCCUAGUCAUGGUCUGCUGCAGCUCGCUGCCUCUCUGAUCCCUCUCCUUAGGGCUGUGACUAUAACCAGGGUCUGGGGUCUCAGACCUGCAAGGACUUACUUGGUGCCAAAGUAAAGUAUGGACAAGUUAACUGUGCCUCAGUUUCCUCCUCUGGGAGUUGUUGUGAGGAUUACACCAGCUCCUGUGCUUCCAGCAGUGCCCGGCUCUUGUGUUGGGAUCUCAAACUGGCACAGACAGGAGUUGCCGUGGCUGUCUGGUCUUUGCCUAGCACCGUCCCCCCACCCCAGCUCCUCUUUCUCUCUCUGUUCCUGUGGCCCUGCAGGUGUGGGGGCCACCCCCUUGAGGACAGCCCUGCCCACUCACACCCAGGUAGACCGGCCAGGCUGCAUAGCUGGAGUUACUCAGCUUGGCUCCCCCAGGGCUGGGAAGGGAAAAGAAGCAGGCAGAGGCAGCCACUGGGGAAUCCAGGGUGGGCUGCCUGGGCCUGCCCCCUUACCACUGCUGGCCAGGCCGGUGGGGGCAUCUGCUCUCACCGACCCCUAUGCAGGGGUGGGGAGGCUAUAUAUGGGGCUCCGGAAGGUGGGGUCACCCAGACUUUAAAGCUUAAGCUUUUUGGAGAUCACGUGCCACCCAAACUGACUCAAGCCAACUUUGGAUCCUAAACCAGGCUGUGGGGAGGAGGUGGGGUUUGAGAGGGGGGCCUUUGUCUGUUUGGCUAAGACCCGUGGUCCACGAUCCCUGAGAAGUUCAGGAAUGGAGCUGUAUUCCAAUGUUAUUAGUUCCCUUUGUAGCUCCAUGUUUUUAAAAGUUCUACCCCCUACAGCUUUAUUAAGGUGUAAUUGACAAAGUAGUCCUGUGUAUCAUUUUUUACAAAUUGAAGUGUAAUCGACAUAGAUCACUGUGUUAGUUUCAGGUAUACGCAUAAUGAUUUGAUGUUUGUGUAUAUGAAGAGAUGGUCACCACAAUACGUCUAGCUAACAUCUGUCACCAUAUGUAGUUACACCUUUUUUUCUCUUGUGUAUUUUUAUCUUAUGUAUUGACAAGUAAUUUUGAGAAUAGGCCAUGGGUUUACUAGGCUGCACAAGGGGCCUAUGACUGAAAACUGGUCAAGAGGCCUGCCUGUAGACAGGAAAAGUAUGGCUCAGGAUGAAGUUGGGUCUGGCACGGAGGGCUCUCAAGAGGGACCUUAAGGGGCAUGUGGCUUAUCUAGGCAAUUUCCAAGUAGCACAAAGGACAGAAGAGACAGCAGGGUCUUGGGGCUCCCCCCUUUAUUGGCAGAGGAGGAGUAGGUGAGAGGUGCCCCAGGAUGCAGGGCAGCAGGGCCAGGGGUGAGGCUAGGACAUCCAGGGAAGCUCUGGUCUGGGACUCAGGCCCCCCGCCCCCACAGUCAUACCCAAGAGUGGAGAGCCAAGGGGCCUCACACAGCAGGGCAGAGCCCCCCUUCUCAGGAGGCCCAGCUGGGAGGCUGCAGUUCUCUCCAGGGGGUCCCUUGUUCCACUGGGUCCUUUUGGUGUCAGAGAUCCUCCCCCACCCUGCCUUUUCCAGGCUGAAGUACUUGGCCAGCCCCCUUGGGAUCCAAGUCCCAGAGUGCCUGGUAUGUCGCCCCCAUCCCUGGCCCUCUUCCAGGUAGUCCUGAAAGUACCACUCUUCUUCCAUUGCCUUCAUACUGGCCUGGGGGCAUGCUGGGAUAUGCUGGGUCCUCUGUUUCACAGUGGAGGAAACAGAGAGGUUUAGACACCUACCCCACAUCUCUGAGGCUGACCCACUCCCCGAAUCAUCUGAGCCCCGAAGGAGGUGGGACUGUGACCUACAGAUGGACCCCUGGGCUCAGAGACCCACCCCCCUAGUCUCAGGUCAGUCCAGAUACCUGAAUAACUCAAGUCACUCAUGAGACCAGGCUGCAUUUGAGGGUCCCUGGAAGCAGCCAGUGAAGGUGAGAAAAGGAGAAAGAAGGGAAGGAGUGUGUUCUGCUGUCCAGUGGGCUUGCACCAUAAUCCCCUCCUAGCAGUCUGUUGGGGGUACUCAAUGACGUCAUGAAGAUCAAGACCCCGGCCCAGGAUGCAAUGACCUCUGGAAGAUAAUAGCCUGACCCUCCAGCCCUGGAAAACACAGACAUAGAGUGGGCCCUCCUUCCCUUUCUGUCCUGCCCCAGGGCCCAGGAGUUGAAGUCCACCCUAACCUGCUCCAGAGCAGCUCAAGUAGUGAGAAGGGCAUGUGGUGGGGUGGACUGUGCUGUCCUUAAAGCAGUUAUCAGCCCCAAAGAUUCGCUUUUUUUGGCCUCCAUGAAAACUCUAUUUGCUCAAUACGGUGCCUCACACAGACCUGGGAAGAAGCCCAUCGGCUUUGCUGACCUUCACUGAGGGGCAAGCAACUGAUACCCUGGAACCUCCCAGAGCUGUAGGUGGUUUAAAAGAGGAUGCCUAUUAAUCAGAACGAUUUUCUGUUGCUGAAGUUUCAGGCAGCCUAAGUAAAGCAAACCAAACUGAGGCAGGCAGAGACAAACUGGGUUUUCUUUAGAGGAAGGGGCAAGGGUGAUAACUGGGCCAGUUCUCCCUACCUGGUGUCUCCAGGAAGAUGAAUUGGGGAAAGGAAACCAGUAUCCCCUGCCCCGUGUUUCUGGAUAUCUCCCAGCCCGGGGAAGGGGUGAGAUUAUGUGGCUGGAAGGAAAGGUCUCUGAGCAUCUCCCAGCAGCUCCAGCCGUCAGGAAGGUAAGAGAAAACAUGAUGGAGGCGCUGUCGGAAAGAAAGGGCUGGGUAGCAGAGCAGAGCUGGAAAAGUGAUUAGUAGCUCUGUGAUGAGGCUGAAAUCAGCCCCAGCGGCCCCGGGGUAGCUCAGGAGAGAAAAAGAGCUGUCAUUCAUGGAAGGCAGACCUGAGAAGCUCCCCCAAAGGCAGCCAGAACCCAGGGGGUACAGGGUGGUCCCCAAGCCCUGGGGACAGAUGCCCUUCAUGGAGCUGGGAGUAGGACUGAGUCUGCUACUCAGAUAAAGCACUGGCUGCCCGUGUCCCUGGUCCUGCACCCCAGGACCUUCUGCAGGAGUGAGGCAAGCCCGGGAGCCAUGCCCAACCUUCUAGGGGAGUAGAUGGGCUGUUUGAUCAGUGAGUGUGUAAAUUGGGAUUUUAUGGAUCGCUUAUUCACUGCUGGAGCUGGGGCCCCCAAAUUCCUCUGUGCCCCAGAAUGCUUAAUUUAGUCCUGAGCUUUCCCCUGGGAGAGGACGGAGGACAGCUCCCCACAGGCCCCCUCCCCUCCUGCUGUGUCUCCUCCCAAGGCCCCAGGCUUUGUCAUUGCAGGUUGAGCGGUUCAAAUGUGCUAAUACACUCCCUGGGGGUCACUGGACAGUGGGACUUACCCUUCAGUGCUGUGAUUGGCCAGAGAGACCAUGGGAGGGAGGUUCAUGGCAGCAGCUGGGAGUGUGUGUGUGUGUGUGUGUGUGUGUGUGCAUGCACUCACACAUGCUUGCUGUGCGCCUGUUUGAGGGGAGGGGUUUGGGGGGUGUCCGUCCUGCUCAGACCACUGGGCAGAGACAAAGGAUCUUCAUCUAACCUGCAAUGAGGAUUAAGUCCAGAACAAGCCACAUGCCUACCUGGUCAAGCUGGUUAGGGAGCCCACCUGUCUGUCUGCAUCCUCUUAUUACAUCUUGACGUGGUGGGACUUACUCAGUGUACACUGAAUGGAUGGAUGGAUGAGUGACCACAAGAUGGACUGCGUUUUUAACUGGGGUUGUGUGUGCUCGAAUGAUUCAGCAUCUACAGAUUCCUAAAUCUGCCCCUAGGAUUCCUAAGUAUCUCCCCUUCCUCUCACUGCUGACACAAGGCCGGACCUGAAGGACUGACCAGGCCUCGGGGGACACAGCUGUGACCCCCAGACUCUGUUGCCACUGGAGAGUGCUUUUGCCGUGGUCAGCUUUUCCCCUGCCGGCCCCCAUCUGUCCAUGGCAUUUGUGAUGAGGAUGAGGAUGGUAGGGGAGGGGGGACCGGUGUCGAGCAGUUGAUGGGGGAGGGAAGGAGGCACAGCCCGAAGGGCUGGAUGACAAACUGCCCUGUCCUACUGUCCUCUCCUCCUCUCCAGCCUGCCCCUCCUCUCCUGAUGGCAGGCGGGACAGGCUAAGCUGGCGGGAAAUGCUUGGUCUAGUUAGUUUUCUGCCCUUCCUCCCUGGCUCCUGGGGAAGCUGGAGUCCUGAGCAACAGAAUCCCAAGUCCUAGGGAUGUCUUACCUGGAGACCCUAAGAAAUGAGAGUUCAAGAGAAGCCGGAGGAGGCUCCAGCUAUAGCGUGAAGCACCCCAGCUGCAGAACCGAUCCUGGCUGAGAUGAAAGCAGUGCUGUCCUGAGGAACUUUCUGCAGUGGUGGGGACGCUCGUGGGUACCACCACUCCAUGUGACUACUCUGUCGAAGAUGCACUGGACACCGGAACACGCCCAGCCCCUCAACCAGUGGCCAGAGCAGCACCUGGACGUCUCCUCCACCACCCCGUCGCCGGCCCACAAGUUGGAGUUGCCCCCUGGGGGUCGCCAGCGCUGCCACUAUGCUUGGGCACACGACGACAUCUCUGCCCUCACUGCCUCCAACCUUCUCAAACGCUACGCCGAGAAGUACUCGGGGGUCCUGGACUCGCCCUACGAGCGCCCCACCCUGGGCGGCUACGGCGACGCCGCCUUCCUCAACGGCGCCAAGGGGGACCCCGAACCCUGGCCGGGGCCAGAGACUCCUUAUCCCUUGGCCUCGCUCCACGAGGGCCUCCCGGGAACCAAGUCGGGCAGUGGGGGCGGCUCCGGGGGUCUCGGCGGUUCCCCGGUUUUAGCCGGAAACCUGCCUGAACCCCUCUACACCGGCAACGCGUGCGGGGGCCCGUCGGCGGCGCCGGAGUACGCGGCGGGCUACGGCGGGGGGUACCUGGCGCCGGGUUACUGCGCGCAGACAGGCGCCGCGCUGCCCCCGCCGCCCCCGGCCGCGCUCCUGCAGCCCCCGCCCCCGCCGGGCUACGGCCCCUCUGGGUCUUUGUACAACUACCCCGCGGGGGGCUACGCCGCGCAGCCGGGUUACGGGGCCCUCCCGCCGCCGCCCGCUCCGCCCCCGGCCCCCUACCUGACCUCUGGUCUGGCGGCGCCCACGCCCCUGCCCACGCCCGCCCCACCCCGGCCGUCACCCGCCUCCUACGGUUUCCAGGGGGUAGCGGAGGCCGGGGUGUCGCUGAAGCGCAAGGCUACAGACGAAGGAGCCGAAGGCCGCUACCGCAAGUACGCCUUCGAGCCCGCCAAAGCCCCGGCGACCGACGGCGCCUCCUACCCCGCCGCGGACAACGGCGAGUGUCGGGGCAAUGGGUUCCGGGCAAAGCCGCCAGGAGCGGCGGAGGAGGCGUCAGGGAAGUACGCUGGUGGCGUUCCCCUCAAAGUCCUGGGCUCCCCCAUCUACGGCCCGCAACUUGAGCCCUUUGAGAAGUUCCCGGAGCGGGCCCCGGCGCCGGCUCCCCGCGGGGGCUUCGCGGUGCCGUCCGGAGAGCCUCCUAAAGGUGUGGACCAGGGGGCUCUGGAGCUGGCGACCAGCAAGAUGGUGGACUGCGGACCGCCGGUGCAGUGGGCGGACGUGGCGGGCCAGGGCGCGCUCAAGGCGGCACUGGAGGAGGAGCUGGUGUGGCCCCUGCUGAGGCCGCCCGCUUACCCCGGCAGCCCGCGCCCGCCGCGGAGCGUGCUGCUCUUCGGACCGCGGGGCGCUGGCAAAGCGCUGCUGGGCCGCUGCCUGGCGACGCAACUGGGCGCCACCCUACUGCGCCUGCGCGGAGGCACGCUGGUCGCGCCGGGCGCUGCCGAAGGCGCGCGCCUCCUUCAGGCCGCCUUUGCGGCUGCGCGCUGCCGCCCGCCCGCGGUGCUCCUCAUCAGCGAGCUGGACGCGCUGCUGUCCGCCCGGGACGACAGCACGGCCGCCGCAGGCGCACUGCAGGCGCCGCUCCUGGCCUGCCUGGACGGCGGCUGCGGUGCGGGAGCCGACGGCGUGCUGGUCGUGGGCACCACUUCACGGCCCGCGGCCCUGGACGAGGCGACCCGCCGGCGCUUCGCUCUCCGCUUCUACGUGACGCUGCCCGACGGCCCGGCCCGCGGGCAGAUCCUGCAGCGGGCGCUGGCCCAGCAGGGCUGCGCGCUGAGCGAGCGGGAACUGGCCGCCUUGGUGCAGGGCACCCAGGGCUUCUCUGGGGGCGAGCUGGGGCAGCUGUGCCAGCAGGCGGCGGCCGGGGCGGGCCUCCCGGGUUUGCAGCGCCCCAUCUCCUAUAAGGACGUGGAGGCAGCGCUGGCCAAGGUGGGCCCUAGGGCCUCACCCAAGGACCUGGACUCGUUCGUGGAGUGGGACAAAAUGUACGGUUUCGGACACUGAUGGCGCACCAGGAGGCCCAGAGAGCUGCCGCCCACUCCCUGCCCUUCUGUCUGCGAAGGGUCUUCUUUAACCCCACCGGGCUGGGGCGUGCCGGAGUGAGGGGUGUGGGGUGGGCGAGCGGAGGGGGCUGCCGGUGGAUUUUUUUUUUUUUUUUCCGUGGAAAGGAAAAUGCUUGUGCUAGGCAGAGAGAUGCCAUAUGCGCUGUGUACUCAGGUUUUUUCCUAUUUAUUGUGGACGGGAAGCUCGCCAUCUCUGCCCCGCGGAAGACUGGCCCCGGGGCCUAAGGAACUCCUGCUCUCUCGCCACAAUCCUUUUGUCUCCUCGCUGUCUGAAUUGCUCCCUCCCCCUUCUCCACUUCUCCCUUUCUCUGCUUCUGGUGGUUUUCUUUCUCCGUUGCUUUGUCACUGACCAUACACCCUUCUCUCGCUUCCCCCCUCCGGCCGGGUUUCCCUUUUGCUCCUCCCCACCCUGUCUCUCCGUCUAUCACCUUCAGUGCUUCUGUUUCUGUCCCUUGCUCUCCAUCCUCUCUGUGUCUUGGUCCCUGUCCCUGCCUUCUGUCCCUCACAUUCAAAGACUGCAGUGUCCCUUUGCGGAAGAUCUGGAGGUUAAGGGGCUGAGGAGGAGGGGGUUCCCUUCACCCCUUAUCCCUCAUCCAGCUGAAACCUUAGGUCUGUGGGAGUCAAGCAAAAAAGAAAAACACCCAAAGAAGGGGGUUUUGUUGUUGUUGUUUUUGAGGAGGAAAAUUCCAGAAAUGUAGCUUGUUUAAUAUUUUAGGCCUCUUAUUUUUGUAAGAUGUGUAGACUUUGCUGUUUUUCUUUUGACGACUCAGGAAGAAACUGACCUCAGAAAGAAUGUUAGAUUUUGGCUGCUUUCCUGUGUGUGUUCCCCCCACCCCCAGCCCUUCAACCCCUUAAUCCCCAGGGAAGCAGGUUCUCUCAGAAGACUCAGAAAGUGAGACCUGAGGGGAAGGGGAGAGGAAGACAGAGAGGCCACACUCCAACCCCUGCGCUUCUUGGGAUAGAAGCAGAAUGUAUUGUAGGGGCCUCCCCCUCAGGGCCAAGGUUGUAGGCAGAGGUGAUGAGGACUGCGUUGUGGCAUUUGGAAGGAGGUAGGUCUUGCUCCCUUCCUGCAGGCCCCACCCCUCAGCUGAGUGGGGUGUUUUGUGUGGAGGGUUGGUUACCCAGAGUUGGGAUGCCCUUGCCCACUGCCUGCCCCAGACCUAGCAGGUAGGCUGAGAGGGCCCAAAUGGGAAGAUGACCCAGGUGGAAAGUCCCCAGAGAGGUCCUCCCACCUGGUCCCUGUCUAGGCAGAGGUCUCCUGUAACUUAUGCUAAGAUUUCUUCUGGAGGGAAGGUAGUCUGGCCACAGGUCUGAUUGGGCACAGAGUUCAUUACAGACUCAGCCUCCAUGGUCUGCUGGGAGGCUCUGAGGAGGGGUGAGUGAGUGUCCGUCCAUUGCAGGAGAAGGUUCUGAGGGGACUCUUACCUCUCCUGUUCUCUUAGGGUCCUAGGUCUAGAGCUCCAGGGGCUAUGAGAGGGUGAAGGAGAUGGGCAGCUGUGUUCCUCUGAAUAAACAUUGGACUUUUAUUCUCAGUCCCAAACUCUCCACCGGAAGCCCAGGCUUAGGCACCCUUCCUUGUGAGAACUGUAUUCUUCUUCCCACCAACUUUCCUGUGAUGGGGCUUUGGGGAGCCCAUUUCACAACUCUGACCUUGGUCCAGAGGUGGGGGACAAGCCACCACCCCACUUCUCUCUCCCACCACCUUGACAGCUCCUGCAGUCUCUCCCACCUCCCACUCCCAGCUGGAAGGAAGUCCAAGGGGAUGUUUCAGGUGCCAAGGUGCUGAGGGUCUGUGCUGGCUGGCCUAGGAGUGCUAACAGGAAAGCUGCUCUGUUCUCUCUUCUCCCUCCCUGCCUUGGUCCCUGCCCUUCCUUCUGCUCCUCGGAGCUGGCUGACUGAAGGUCUCAGAAGCAGGGGUGCAGGGUCUCCGCUGUGAAAAGCCCGUGGGGGGAGCAGGGAGUGAGCAGGUUCUCUCAGGUGUGUGUAUGUAUAAGGGGGGUGGGUGGGUGGAGGGCAUUGGGGAGGGGGUUUGGGAUCUCAGCCAUCCCUUCAAGAGGCAGACAGCUCUGGGGGUUGGGGGGAAGAGCUCACUGACCGAGACCCAGGGCCCCCACCGCCUCCUCUACUGGCCUUGGGGAGCUUUGCACAAGGAGACAGCCCCUAGUCUACUAGCACCUACCUCUUGGGCACUGGGGCGAGUGGGAGAAGAGCAGGUCCAGCUCUGGCAAUGUUGUGGGGGGGGGGCAUACCAAAGAAUCCAGGGGCAGGGAUGGGGGGAGGGCAGGCUGGCUCUCUUCUUCCUUUACCCACGUUGGGGUUGGGGUCCUCCCCUCCAGCUGUAACCAUUUCUACCUCAUUUUGAUGCGUGUUGUACAUGGAUGUAUUUAUCUCCUGUCUGAUGACGCUCUGCAGUUCGGUCUGUCUACCUCAGAAGAGACUGUAUUUUAAAAGAAAGUAUGACACAGUAUUAAAGCGAUGACACGUG